AUGUCAUCACCAACAAAUACAACUACCACCACCACCACUGCACCACAAAGCGAAAACGAAACUAAACCAACACCACCAGCCCCAGUUGAAGAUAAAUCAAAUGAAAGAAUUAAAAAGAGGGAUCCAGGUAAUAUUACUAAAGUUAUUAAAUGUGGUGUUGUUGGAGAUGGUACAGUAGGUAAAACUACACUUCUUCUUUCUUAUAUUACUCAAGCAUUCAUCACAGAGUAUACACCAACAGUAUUUGACAAUUUUUCAGCUAUCGAAGAAGUUGAUGAUGGUAAAUUAGUUAAUGUAAUUUUGUGGGAUACUGCCGGUCAAGAUGAUUACGCCCAAAUCCGUACCACUUGCUAUACUAAUUGUAAAUAUGAUGUAUUUUUACUCUGCUUUUCAACUGUUAACCGUGAUUCAUUUGAUAACGUUAAAUACAAGUGGUUACCAGAAUUAAAAGCAAACUCACCAGGCACCCCAUUUAUUUUAGUUGGAACUAAGACUGAUAUUAGAGACCAACAAACUCAAGGUGCUGUAUCACCACCACUUACAGGUCAAGUAAGUAGUAUUAUUACAUUUAAAGAGGGUCAAAAGAGAGCUAAAGAAAUUAAAGCUCACAACUAUAUGGAAUGUACAUCACGUGAAUCUUCUAGUGUAGCUAAAGUUGUUUUAGAAGCCGUCAAUAUUAUCAUUGAAAAAGAAAGAGUUAAAAGAGUAAGCAACGAAAAAAUGUGGAAAAAAGAAAUUAAAAAAGAAGAAAAAGAAGCAAAACAAGAGCAAAAAGAAAGAGCAAAGUAUUUAGAGAAACAAAAAACUAAAGAAGAAAAAGCAUCAAAGGAUUCUAAAAAAUCAAAUGGUUCAUCCUCACCAUCCUCAACCCCCCCAGCUUCACCUGAAGAAUCUUCACCAAGAUCCGAAAAAAAAAACAAUCCAUCAGCAUCAACAUCAACAACAACAACAAAUAAUAAUAUAAAUAAUAAUACCGCCACCAACUAA